AUGGAAGACUGGAGGAGGAUUGACAUCGAUGCCUUUGACCCUGAUAGUGGGAGACUCACUUUAGAGGAUAUGAGACCUCCAUAUGGCUCACAUGUGUCACUACAAGAACUGCAGCCAAAAAUCUCGCAAUUGAGAUCUGCUGCGGCCAGCGGUGACUUUAAGACAGCUGUUCAAAUUGCCAUGUCAGAUCCUCCAUAUAGUGCCGAUGACGCGACGAAAUUUCAGUACCUUUUGGCUGUUCUCGAGGUUUUAACCCAAGUCAGACAACACGACAUUUCGACCAUUUUAGGACAACUGUCGUUGGAGCAGCAGGACGUUCUGGUCAAGUAUCUUUACAAAUGCAUGAGCAUUCCUGAAGGCCAAAAGCAAGGCGGAAUCCUCCUCUCGUGGUUUGAGAAGCUGACUCAGGAAUUUGGAGUAGGCCCGAUUGUUCGUUACUUAUCGGAUAAGAAUACAGUAUAA